GAUCAGGAAAGCGAGAACUUUCGGGAUUUGUAUGUGUCUCGUCCACUCGUUCUGUGAAUACAAGGCUCUGAGGUUAGCGCAGCAAGAGAGAGAAGGAUUUCCUCAUCGCAGUGGUGUUGACAGGUGUGUCAGUUUUCGAUUUUCUGCAUCAGCAAUUGAUUACACCCUACCCUCAAGAUGAGCACGAGAGCAACAAAAUCUGGAGCCGCUUGGUCCAAUGAAAAGAAAAUGGAGGAAAAUUAUGAUAGAGAAGACGCGCAAGGAACACCAAAACACAUCAUCAAUUGGAUAAACAGUGUCAUGAGCGGCGAAAAAGACUACGUGGAAUGUAAAGAUACUGACUGGAAAAGCUUGUGUACCUUUUUAAGAGACGGUGUAAUACUAUGCAAGUUUAUCAAUAUCUUAUUGGCAAAAGAGGAAAAACCCAAAGUUCUGUUCAGUAAGAAAUGCGCAAACAGCUUCGCCGCCAUGACAAACAUCGAAAACUUCAACAAAGGCUGCGAAACAUACGGUCUUGCCAAGGAGUUCUCCUUCCAGAGCGGAGACUUAUGGGAACUGCGCAAAGGGCCAUUCUACAACGUCAUUAACUGCCUACACAGCUUAGGAUUCACGGCCAAUUCUAAAAGCUAUAUUCCAGCAUACGCUGGAGAAAUAACCAAGUACGCUGACAGGGAUUAAACGGGAGGAUUAGCAACAUGACGUCACCAAUUACUGCCAUAUCUUUAGAUAAUUUGUAAUUCCAACUAUUUACGUGUAAAUAAAAGCAAAUUAAAGUAUCAGUUCUUAUUCUGAAAUGAACAAGAGUAUCGUGUUACAGCGACAUCGGGAACCUGUGACAAACGGAGAUGGCAGCUUGAGGUCACGUCAUUGUAUAAUGUCCAUCUACUGCUAUACAUGUGUACUUCUGUUUAUUAUUUUUUUAUUUUCUGUUCACUUGGCUUUUUUGUCUGUGUCGAUGUAGGGCAGAAGGAUAUACACGAUUAUUGUUGUAAAUAACUGUCGGGGGAAGCACGUCUCCGAUGGGAAAGCAUUGUGAAAUCUUUAAUGAACAGACAAGAGAAAUGGGUCUACAUCCAAAUAACACGAUUAUCAGUUCAGAAUUGUGAUAGAUUGUCUGAGUAUCUCAUUUGGAUCACGUGGUCCAAAAAUAUGUUUACAUAAAAGGUUUUGGAACAUGAAUAUCGGAUCUAGGUCAAAACGACGAUUAUUGGAAUUAAAUCUGAUCAGUAUGGACAGUUAUCGACAUUACGAGCUAAUUGGAUUACAAUCCCGAUGCCAAGUAACAG